GGUCCAGCGCGGCCCCCGGCGAGCUUCACUGCGCUUGCGCUGACAGACGCAAGAUGGCGGACAGUGCGGAACUAAAGCAAAUGGUUAUGAGCCUUAGAGUUUCUGAACUCCAAGUACUGUUGGGCUACGCUGGGAGGAACAAGCACGGACGCAAACACGAACUUCUUACCAAAGCCCUGCAUUUGUUAAAGGCUGGCUGUAGUCCUGCUGUGCAAAUGAAAAUCAAAGAACUCUACAGGCGGCGCUUCCCUCAGAAAAUUAUGACGCCUGCGGACUUGUCUAUCCCCAGCGUACACUCAAGUCCUAUGCCAGCGGCUCUGUCUCCAUCCACCAUUCCACAGCUCACUUAUGAUGGUCACCCUGCAUCGUCCCCACUACUCCCUGUUUCUCUUCUGGGACCUAAACAUGAACUGGAACUCCCACAUCUCACAUCAGCACUGCACCCAGUCCACCCGGACAUAAAGCUGCAAAAGCUACCAUUCUAUGACCUGCUGGACGAACUGAUCAAACCCACCAGUCUAGCUUCAGACAACAGCCAGCGCUUUCGGGAAACCUGUUUUGCAUUUGCCUUGACACCACAACAGGUGCAGCAGAUCAGCAGCUCCAUGGAUAUUUCUGGGACCAAAUGUGACUUCACAGUGCAGGUCCAAUUAAGGUUUUGUUUAUCAGAAACCAGUUGUCCACAAGAAGAUCACUUCCCACCCAAUCUUUGUGUAAAAGUGAAUACAAAACCUUGCAGCCUUCCAGGUUAUCUUCCACCUACUAAAAACGGUGUGGAACCAAAGCGACCUAGCCGACCAAUUAAUAUCACCUCACUUGUCCGAUUGUCCACGACAGUACCAAAUACCAUUGUUGUUUCUUGGACUGCAGAAAUUGGAAGAACCUAUUCCAUGGCAGUAUAUCUUGUAAAACAGUUGUCCUCAACAGUUCUUCUUCAGAGGUUACGAGCAAAGGGAAUAAGGAAUCCGGAUCAUUCUAGAGCUUUAAUUAAAGAGAAGUUAACUGCAGAUCCAGAUAGUGAGAUAGCUACUACCAGCCUACGGGUUUCGCUGCUGUGUCCACUUGGAAAAAUGCGACUGACAAUCCCCUGUCGGGCGCUUACCUGUUCUCACCUUCAGUGUUUUGAUGCAACUCUUUACAUUCAAAUGAAUGAGAAAAAACCAACAUGGGUUUGUCCUGUCUGUGAUAAGAAGGCGCCAUAUGAACACCUUAUUAUUGACGGGUUGUUUAUGGAAAUCCUAAAGUACUGCACAGACUGCGAUGAAAUACAGUUUAAGGAGGACGGCUCGUGGGCGCCAAUGAGGUCGAAAAAGGAGGUGCAAGAAGUCAGCGCCUCCUACAACGGAGUGGACGGAUGCUUGAGCUCCACAUUGGAGCAUCAAGUAGCUUCCCACAACCAAUCCUCAAACAAAAACAAGAAGGUCGAGGUAAUUGACCUAACCAUUGACAGUUCAUCAGAUGAAGAGGAGGAGGAACCCCCUGCCAAGAGGACCUGUCCUUCCCUGUCUCCUACAUCACCACUAAGUAAUAAAGGCAUUUUAAGUCUUCCUCAUCAAGCGUCGCCUGUGUCCCGCACCCCAAGCCUUCCUGCUGUAGAUACAAGUUACAUCAACACCUCCCUCAUCCAGGACUACAGGCACCCUUUCCACAUGACGCCCAUGCCUUAUGACUUACAAGGAUUAGAUUUCUUUCCUUUCUUAUCAGGAGACAAUCAGGUGCAUGUUCUCCAUCACAGAUCCUCUGUGAUCUACUGUCCACCCUCUACGAGUGUGUUUCCCAGAAGUGCUGAAGCAAAAGCUGCCUGGAUAAGCAGUCUGUGGGCAAGCCCUGGAAUGACAAUACACUUUUGUUAAUUCUAAAUCUGAAUUGCCAGUAUUCUGUAUGUAAGCCAAGGCUGUGAGCACCUGCAUUUUGACAACAGGGUAACAAGUUUUUCUUGAGGAUCUACAUACCAAAAUGGGAUGUGAAAGAACCCUUGUAACCCCAUGGGGUGUGGAAUGCCUCUGCAGCUGGCAGAGGACUUUCUGUUCCACCAAAAGAAAAGAAGGAAGGAAAGAAGUCAGUUACCCUAAAGUUAAAGUACAGCCCAGCCCAUAUGUGGAUCCAUAGCAAAGCUAUCUGAGAAACAGUUGAAACGCAAAUACCACCUUAGUGAUUUUGGUCUUCUGGCUCUGAGUAUACUUCCUUUCUUGGCCAUGUUCUUUUCUCCUUCACCUUUUAGUGGCAAAUGUGACAUAGAAAGCCCCCCCUACCUUUUUUUUUAAUUCAAGGAUCAACUGGUCUUACCUACUACUCUCAAUAGCAGAAUAUGUAAAUAUAUUGAAAUUUGUUUCAGGAGUUGAUUAAGGGUCAAAGGAAGUAAAAAGUGCUUCUUGUACUUGAGAGUCAGCAGAGAAGAAUGCAUGCUCCUUACUACAGUGGGAGCCAGAUGGCAGUGGGGGAGGGGCACACCAUCGCCAGGUCCUGCACUGGCUUUUUAUGUUACACCUUUGUGUUCUCAAGAGUUGGGGAAGAACCAUCUUUGUGUGUAGUAAACUUGUUUUAAGCCUUGUAUUCAUAACAGAAGGACUGAUAUCAAUCCAGGUAGAAGAAGUCAAGAUGUCUUCAGUUGUAUGAUAAAGCAAGUGGUUCACAUGACAGUGCGGCAUCUAAAAAUAAUACCUGUUUUAUAGUGUCUCUCUGCUACUAAACUGUCAACUUGAAUUUUUGAAAAAAGUUGGUGUUGAUAUGUAUAUGUGUGUGUGUAUAUAUGUAUUUAUAAACAAGUGUGUGUGAGUAACAUCAUCGUCUUCCCCUACGCAUGUGUGUGUUCCACACAGAAAUGGCUGUUUUAGAGUCACAAAACAAUUCGCAAUAAAACAAGACAUUUGUUGUCAGUUCAAACCAGAAA